UCUACUCUUCGAUUUUCAUUGGUAUGCAGAAAUAUGAUCAUUGACUUCUGCAUAUUUGCCCAUUGAACACGAAAUUUGAAAAAAGCCAGAAGCAGAAGAGAAGAACAGAGAGAUACAUAUAGACAUAUUCCGGGAACCGGAAGGGCAGGAAACCUUUUAGAUUGCCGCUGGCGAUUUCCUCCAGUGUCUAUGCCGCGAUGCCAGUUAUCCAUGUCAAUCAAAACCGCGCCUUCCUCCUCACUCCCCAUUCUACUGGGAACAAACUAUCCAACUUCGCCCCCUCAACUCAUCCUUCCUGCCACUUCUCCCCAACACCCACCUUUUUAAAACCCAAAACCCUGUUGUUUCGCAGCUUACCGUCUCAAUUUAUCCUGCCCAACGACUCUUCUUUGUUCCCAUUCAGCACUCAUCCCCGGCGCUUUGCAUCCGUUAUUGCAGCUGCAAAGAAAGGCUCUGAUUACUACUCCGUUCUAAAUGUCGGUAAAAACGCAUCUUUGCAAGAAAUCAAGGCCUCUUACCGAAGACUUGCUCGGCAGUAUCAUCCUGAUAUGAACAAGGGUCAGGGGGCUGAAGAGAAGUUCAAAGAGAUAAGUUCUGCGUAUGAGGUACUAUCAGAUGCUGAGAAAAGGUCUUUAUAUGAUCGAUUUGGUGAAGCCGGAUUACAGGGUGAAUAUAACGAAUCUGGUGAUGGUGCUUCAGGGAUAGAUCCUUUUGAAAUGUUCACCCAAUAUUUUGGCGACUCUCAUUCCUUUUUCGGAGGAAGUGGUAGUUCAAGGGGGUUCAACUUUGAUUUCAGCAAUGCAGGGCAUCAGGAUCUUGAUAUUAGAUAUGACUUGCACUUGAGCUUUAAAGAGUCAAUAUUUGGAGGAGAACGUGAUAUUGAAGUACCUUGUUUAGAGGCUUGUGAUGGUUGUGAAGGAACAGGAGCAAAGUCCAGAAGUUGCAUAAAAACAUGUUCUAAUUGUCAAGGAAGAGGGGGAGUGGUGAAAACAGAGAAGACACCCUUUGGAAUUGUGUCUCAGGGCCUUAUCAGCUGCACUCCUGUACCAGUGGUAGACGAUGGAUCCUGUGAAAAUGGGAGCAGAUAUUAGGCAAGGAGAGGGAAUUUUGGAGAAGAUGGAAAGAUGGAGCUGCUGCGGCGAUUUGGAGGAGAACUUGAAUUGACAAUAAGAAUUCGUACAGAUCUGGAAGCUGGUAUCUACUUGCCCAAAGUGUAGUGGUAAUGGCAAGAUAAUAACAGAUGCUUGUCGGCAAUGUAAUGGCCGAGGUCAAGUAAAAUCAAAGCGGAGCUUGAGAGUGGUCAUACCACCAGGAGUCAGUGAUGGUAGCUCGAUGCAACUUCGAGGAGAGGGUAACAUAGACAAAACAAGGGGCAUUGCCGGCAACCUCUUUCUGAUCGUCCAUGUCGAGGAAGAGAACGGAAUUUUGAGGGAUGGUCUGAACUUAUACUCAAAAGUAGACGUUGAUUACACAGGAGCCAUUCUGGGGACAAUUACCAAGGUCAAAACUAUGGAUGGUAUAAGAGAUCUGAAGAUUCCUCCUGGAUGUCAACCUGGAGAUACUUUGAAAAUGGAAAAUAUGGGAGUCCCAAAUAUGAGUAGACCUCAUGAGCGGGGAGAUCAUCAUUUUAUUGUCAAUGUUCGAAUCCCGAAGAACAUCAGUAAUGAAGAACAAGAUCUCCUCAAAGCAUUGGCUUCAAUCAGGGCUGCAUCCAAGGACCACUCAGUGCCUUUUGAUGAUCAUCCACACAGAAGUGUUCCUCAUAUGUGGAAGUCACUCAAGAACUUCUUUAGGCAAAAGCAACCAGGCGAGCGGUUUGCAUCAAUGAGCAUGGAGACACGUACCUUGAGGAUCUGUCCAUCUUUUACUUCUUCAUUCGUCGUAUCGAUUUCUGCUCUUUUAUUCUUAACGUGUAUUAUAGCCUUGGUUAAGAUUGCACGAAGUACAUUUCACAAGAAAGAAAUCACAGAUAGACAAAAUCUUUCUCCCUACUAGGACUACUAGGAAAUAAAAGAUGAAUUGUGGUGGGAUUUUCUGUGACAGCAAUGUUUCUAUGUCAAUGCAUGUUUCUUUGCUUAGAGUGGAUUGGUAUUGUCUGCAUUUUAGAAUGUAGAAAUUGAUUGGAUUCAUACCAAAAGAGAGGCGGUCAUUUUGAGCCAUAAUCUAACCCAUGAAUUCCAAUAGACUACUGGAGGCCAGGACGCCUGUCAUGCACACCCAGAAUCUC